AAAUAACAAGACAAUAAACUUUUUUGAAAACAAAUUAUCAUUCUCAGCGAAUCAUUCAAAGCAGCGACAAAUUAAUAAUUAACGAAAGCUUUUAAAUCGAAAUAAAAAGUUUCUCAAAAACAUAUUUUCUUAGAGAUUGGUCGGCAUGUUAUUCCUGCAAAUUCUACGUUUCACUUUUUAUAUUUUCUUCAUCUUGGCUUUCCUGCCCUUCUUAAUAGAAGGAACUUCUAACGGGAAGCAAAGAAACUCGGAAUUUGACUUUUCUUUCGGUAACUUCAUCAAGAACAGCUCUUCGUAUCUGGAAGGGCCGAUCAUCUCUCGUAGUUUCGAAGGCGAUGCUCUUUCUUGCUGGAUGAGGUGUCUUGACGUCUUGGAGUGUUUGUCUGUCAACGUGGCGGCCAUUGCUGACUCGAGCUUAAAGUUUUGGUGCGAAUUACUGUCUGUCGAUAAGUACAGCUGCCCAGACGAGAAGUACCAGCCCAACUCCACCUCAGACCAUUACGAAAUGAAGAGCGCAUGUGAGCACAAGCCGUGUAAUAAUGGAACAUGUCACACCAGCAAGCUCGACGAUACCUACACGUGUGUCUGCCAUGAUGGAUUUAUCGGAGAGAAUUGCGACAUAAAGGAAGCUCGAGCUCUUGGGAUGGAAGAUGGCAGAAUCAAAGACGACCAAAUCACCCAGAGCUCUUAUUACAUUGAUAAGUAUAUGGGAAAAUUGACCUGA